AUGGGGAUGGGGAUGGGGAUGGAGGAGGAGGGGGAGGGGGAGGGGGAGGAGGAGGGGGAGGAGGAGGGGGAGGAGGAGGGGGAGGAGGAGGGGGAGGAGGAGGAGGGGGAAAAGGAGGAUGGGGAGGAGGAGGAGGAGGAGGAGGAGGAGGAGGAGGAGGAGGAGGAGGAGGAGGAGGAGGAGGAGGAGGAGGAGGAGGAGGAGGAGGAGGAGGAGGAGGAGGAGGAGGAAGCGGAGGAGGAGGAGGAGGGGGGGAAUGGGGAGGAGGGGGAGGAGGGGAAGGGGAAGGGGGAGGGGGAGGAGGAAGGGGGGGAGGGAGCAGAAGGGGAAGCGACAAUGAUGGCGGCACACGCAGGGGAAGCAGCAGCAGCAGGAGCCGAGGAAGCCAAGGAAAGGGGGGAGACUCAGUUAAAGGUGGAGGCUGAGGCUACAGGACAAGCAGCAUUGCCAGAGCUUCCGUUCCAACCACAGCACGCAGGGGAAGCAGCAGCAGCAGGAGCCGAGGAAGCCAAGGAAAGGGGGGAGACGCAGUUAAAGGCGGAGGCUGAGGCUACAGUUCAAGUGGCGUUGCCAGAGCGGCCUUUCGAACCACAGCACGCAGCGCAAGGGGCAGCAGCAGCAGCAGCAGCAGCAGGAGGAGCAGGAGGAGCCGAGGAAGCCAAGGAAAGGGAGGCGGCACAGUUGAAGGCGGAGGCUGAGGCUACAGAGGAAGUGCAUACGGCUGUAGCAGAGGGGGCGCGUUCACCUGCUGCUGCUACAGCUGUCGCAGAGGGAGUUACUGUGCUGGCAGCCCAUAGGGGUGCUAGUCUAUCUCUGACGAUCUUCUAUGGAGGGAUGGUCCACGUGUACCAGGACGUUCCUUCCGACAGGUCAGACCCAGGCAACUACCGGCUGAGACCUCUUUCCCUCUUUCCAUUGCCCAGGCAAUCAUGCUAUUGGCUGGAUCAAGCACCACCUCCUCCUCCUUCCCUCUCCCCCCAAACCUCCUCACCGCUCAACACUCCUCCAUCUCCACCCCUCGCAGCCCUCUCCCUUCUCCCUCCACUCUCACUCCCCCACACCCCUCCUCUCUCCCUUCACCCAGCCACCCUCACUCACCAGCCUCUGGCCCUUCCUCCUCCUCUGCCCAGUUCCUUUCAGCGCUGCUCUCUACUCCGCCCCUCUCCUCCCUCCCCUAUCCUUCUGCUCGUUCAGUCUCUUCUCUGUCUGCUGCUCCCUUUUCGUCGCCCUCUGCUGCUCCCUUCUCUUCUCCAUCUGCUCCUCCCCUCGCCUCCUUGUCGUCCCACCCAUUGA